GCGAAAUACAAUAUUUCUGCAAUACCCUGUUAAAUGGCAUCACUGUGAAACACACUAGAUGUGUGGUGGCCACGAGCAUGACAAAACACAGGAAAAUCAGUCGCAUUUUUCCAAAUUUCCUGCGGUCCUCUUCAAGAUUGCUGCAUUGGGGCUCCAAUGGCUUCCUCACAGAUCUCCGUCAGCACCAUUCUCGUCACUUGUUCUCCACACAACCUCCACAGCCUUCAAAUCCGAACUUUACAUCGCAACCCAACAAACACUACAUAUACCAUGGACAAAGAACACAAUCGAUAAAGAGACCAAGCGUGAAGGGGUUCACAUUCACCAACACGAGAUCAAAGCCAUGGACAUAUUCAUUAUCAAGGAAACCCGAACUUAAACCCUUCAGAACAGACCUCUGGGAUCCCCAAACCUUUAACCCUAAACUAAACCGCACUACAUUAACUGCCAAUGAAAUUAAUUUCAAAACAGGCCGGGGAUUGUCCGCCAUAGCUCGCUAUGUAUGCGAAAGCUUCAGCAAACAUAAAAUAUGGGGGCCUGAAAUUCUUGAAGAUUUAAAAAAAUUGCAUCGGGUGACACCUAAUGUGGUUACAGAAGUCUUGAAGGUGAUGACAGAUGCUAAAUUGGCUGCCAAAUUUUUUCACUGGGCACACAGACAAAAAGGGUUUAGGCAUAAUUUUUCCGCUUAUAACGCUUUUGCUUAUUGUUUGAAUAGGGCUGGUAAAUACAAAGCUGCAGACCAGGUUGUGGAGUUGAUGUACGCGCAUGGAAAGCAGCCCAGUAUGAAGCAGUUUGAGAUAAUGAUCAGAAUGCAUGCUGACGCAGGUAGGGGUUUGAGAGUUUACUUUGUUUUUCAGAAGAUGAAGAAGUUUGAGGUUAAGCCUAGCGUUUUUUUGUACAAUAGGAUUCUUGAUGCAUUGGUUAGGACAGACCAUUUGAAUUUGGCUCUUGGGGUUUAUGAGGAUUUUAGGAAGGAUGGACUGGAGCCUGAGAGUAUAACUUUUAUGAUUUUGAUAAAGGGUCUUUGUAAAGAGGGUAAGUUGGACAGGGUUUUUGAAUUUCUGGAUGAGAUGAAAAGCAAGUGUUGUAGGCCUGAUGUGUUUGCGUACACUGCUAUGAUUCGGUCGCUGGUUGGUGUGGGGAAUUUGGAGGGUGCUUGGAGAGUUUGGAAGGAAAUGGCCAGGGCUUCUGUUAAGCCCGAUGCUAUGUCAUAUACAACGUUGAUCACAGGACUUUGUAAGGGGAAUGAGGACGAGAAGGCACUCAUUCUUUUUAGAGAAAUGAAGGCUAGAGGGUUCCUUAUUGAUCGUACCGUUUAUGGAUCGCUUAUAGCAAUGUAUGCUUCAAACAAGAAGGUGGGGUUUGCUUACAAUCUUUUGAAGGAGAUGGUGAAAUGUGGAUACAAGGCUGAUCUUGCGAUAUAUGAAUCACUAAUUGAAGCCUUUUGCAAUGAGAGGAUAGUUGACAAGGCGUACAAGCUCCUUCAAAUUCUGAUUCAAGAGGGUGUUAGCCACGAUUAUUCGACAUUUAUGCCCCUAUUUUGGGCUUUUGCUGAGACAAAUAGCAUAGAUGAUGUGUCUAAGUUGCUUGAGCAAAUGACCCAAUUAGGCCGCCCAGUCAAGGAGGAUGUUGUUAAAUUCUUUGUUUUUAUGGUUUGUAAAGAAGGGAAAGUAAUGAAAGCAGUUGAACUGUUUGAAGAAUUGAAGGAAAUAGGAUAUUACAGUGUCUCAAUUUUUAAUGUGCUAAUCAAUGGUCUGUACAAGGCUGGGGAUGUUGUCAAGGCUCUUGCUCUUUUCGAGGAAAUGGAAGAAGUAAAGUGCGAGCCUGAUGUUUUUACAUAUAACUACGUUAUUCCUUGUCUAGUUGAUUCUGGAAAACUACAAGAGGCCUGUAAUCUAUUUGGCAAUAUGAAGGAGAGAUCUUGGGUACCUAAUGUUACAGUGUACACUUCUCUAGUCAGUAGUCUUUGCAAGGUUGGUGAGAUUGAUUCAGCCCUUUCUCUUGUGCGAGACUGUCUAGGAUCUGUGACAAGUGGACCUCGAGUCUUCAAGUACACUUUAACAAUUCUGCAUGCUUGUCAGUCAGGGAAGGCAGAACAUGUAUUAGAGGUUUUUACUGAACUGAUGCAGGAAUGUAUUCCUCCUGAAGAUGUCAUAUUUUGUGCAGUAAUUAGUGGGCUUUGUAGACAUGGGAAUGUAGAGGAAGCUCGCAAAGUAUUCAGGAGUCUCAGAAAUGACAAAUACAUCACAGAGUCUCUUGCUGCCGAGUAUGAUGUGUUGAUUAUUGAUCAUUUGCAGAAGACCACUUCAGAAUUAUUGCGUUCCAGUCUUAAAUUUCAUGGUCUGGAAUCUUUAUUGAUCACAAAUAACACAAAUGGGAAGUAAUCUUCACAUGGCAAGAUGUAUGGUCGCUUUGUGUCUUAGUGACCUGUAGAUGGUUAAAAUCAGCUUGAAGAAGAAGGGAAAUCAGUAAUGCAUCUUUAAUGACACUUGAAGUAAUUAAUAUUUUCCCCUUUUGACAUGGCCACAACUUUCUUUGGAACACACAUUUAACAGUGACCACAAGAAGAGCAUGAGAAUGGAUCAAAUUAUCAUGGAAAAUAAUAUUUGGUCAUGGAACAGGUUCAGGUUCAGACUUAUUUAUUCCUGGUAUCCUAUUUAUCCAUAGAGGUCGAGCUUGUGCUAAAAGGAGAUAAACUGGUUGUGGGUUAAGGUAUUUCGAGUCUGAUUUCAAAUUUUAAAUUAUUGUCAGGUGAAGUACAAAUCAGAAACAGAUGGCUUGGUAAUAUGGUAGACCAUGGCAGCCAUCACCGUCCAUGACAUUUUCAAUUUCUGGCAUUAUUGCAUCAGUUUGCCUGUUUAGCAAUGCACCUAACAAACUUAGAGCUCCAGAUAGCUUGAAGAGUGGUAUUUUUGAUCUAUCAAAUUAUCUAAAGCCAUUUUUCUGAACUUGUAAUAAACAAAUUAUUUGUUUUCUGAUCAGUUGACCAUGAUUGGAGUAACAACUCAAGGAUGUGAAGAAUGGAAUUUUGAUCUGUCGAAGUAUCUAAAACCAUUCUUCUGAACUCAUAAUAAACAAAUUAUUUGUUUUCUGAUCAGUUGACCUUGAUUAGAGCAACAGCACAAGGAUGUGAAAAUGCUUCUGUCAGCAUUUUCUUCAUCAUUUUACAAGUCAUGGUGAGAGCUGAGAAGAACAUCACGCUGAACAUCUUAUGUUGCUGACACAGUAACUGACUAUAUUAUUCCUGUACCUAGGACUAAAUUGUCUCCCGUGAAAUUUUAGGUCUUUGUGAGCUUAAGCUACCGCAAAUGAAACAGUUUGUAAAACAGUUUUUCAAUGUUGUAUAAUGUAUUGGCACAAUACCGUGUGUUGUCAGUCGCAUGCCCAAAAACUAAAUUUCUUACUAUGUUGAAUAUGGAUUCUCAAAUUGAAUUCGAGAUCAGGGAAAACAUUUUCACUAGCAUAGGGACCCAAUGACAUCUUGGGCAGCAGCUCUUACUAUUAGCAUCUUCUUAGAAACACAUUUAUUUUUUAUGCUUCAAAAAUUUGGGCAGAGGCACAAUAC